CCCGCCGCCGGGUCCUAGCACGGCUCGGCCAUGAGCGGCAGAAAGAGCUUCUCCCGGCUCACCUGGUUCAGGAAGCAGAGGAAAGCGGCGGUGAGCAGCAACGACAAGAAGAUGCCUAACGGGAUCCUGGAGGAGCAAGAGCAACAGAGAGUGAUGCUCCUGAGCAUCCCGUCGGGCCCCAGGAGGUACUUCCCCAUCCCCGUGGAGCCUGAGGAGGAGAUCCGCGCGCGCUCCGCCGACGACUGCAAGCGCUUCCGAGAGGAGUUCAACUCGUUACCGUCAGGACACGUUCAAGGAACUUUCGAACUGGCCAACAAAGACGAAAACCGAGAGAAAAACAGAUACCCCAAUAUCCUUCCUAAUGACCGCUCCAGAGUGAUUCUGAGCCCGGUGGAGGGGGUUCCCUGCUCAGACUACAUCAAUGCGUCCUACAUAGACGGUUACAAAGAAAAGAAUAAAUUCAUAGCAGCUCAAGGGCCUAAACAGGAGACGGUGAAUGAUUUCUGGAGGAUGGUGUGGGAGCAGAAGUCGGCCACCAUUGUCAUGUUGACUAACCUGAAGGAGAGGAAAGAGGAGAAGUGCUACCAGUACUGGCCGGACCAGGGCUGCUGGACCUACGGCAACAUCCGCGUGUGCGUGGAAGACUGCCUGGUGCUCGUGGACUACACUGUGCGCAAGUUCUGCGUUCAGCCGCAGCUGGCGGAAGGCUGCAAGGCCCCGCGGCUGGUGUCGCAGCUGCACUUCACCAGCUGGCCCGACUUCGGCGUGCCCUUCACCCCCAUCGGGAUGCUCAAGUUCCUGAAGAAGGUGAAGACCCUCAACCCCAGCCACGCCGGGCCCAUCGUGGUCCACUGCAGCGCGGGCGUGGGCCGGACGGGCACCUUCAUCGUGAUCGACGCCAUGAUGGACAUGAUCCACUCGGAACAGAAGGUGGACGUCUUCGAGUUCGUGUCUCGAAUCCGCAACCAGCGCCCCCAGAUGGUGCAGACAGAUGUGCAGUACACAUUCAUCUACCAGGCCCUGCUGGAGUACUACCUGUACGGCGACACGGAGCUGGACGUGUCCUCGCUGGAGCGCCACCUGCAGGCCCUGCACUGCACCGCCGCCCACCUGGACAAGAUCGGGCUGGAGGAGGAGUUCAGGAAGCUGACGAACGUCCGGAUCAUGAAGGAGAACAUGAGGACGGGGAACUUGCCGGCCAACAUGAAGAAAGCGCGCGUCAUCCAGAUCAUCCCCUAUGACUUCAACCGGGUGAUCCUGUCCAUGAAGCGAGGCCAGGAAUACACGGACUACAUCAACGCGUCCUUCAUUGACGGCUACCGGCAGAAGGACUACUUCAUCGCCACGCAGGGCCCGCUGGCGCACACGGUGGAGGACUUCUGGAGGAUGGUGUGGGAGUGGAAGUGCCACACGAUCGUGAUGCUGACCGAGGUGCAGGAGCGCGAGCAGGACAAGUGCUGUCAGUACUGGCCCUCAGAGGGCUCCGUCACCCACGGGGAAAUCACCAUUGAGAUCAAGAGCGACACCCUGUCCGAAGCCAUCGGCGUGCGCGACUUCCUGGUCACCUUCCGUCAGCCCCUGUCCCGGCAGGAGGAGCAGGUCCGCCUGGUGCGCCAGUUCCACUUCCACGGCUGGCCCGAGAUCGGGAUCCCGGCGGAGGGCAAGGGCAUGAUCGACCUCAUCGCGGCGGUACAGAAGCAGCAGCAGCAGACGGGCAACCACCCCAUCACCGUGCACUGCAGUGCCGGAGCGGGGCGGACGGGCACGUUCAUCGCCCUCAGCAACAUUCUGGAGCGAGUGAAAGCGGAGGGACUUCUGGAUGUGUUUCAGGCUGUGAAGAGCUUACGACUGCAGAGGCCGCACAUGGUGCAGACCCUGGAACAGUAUGAAUUCUGCUACAAAGUGGUACAAGAUUUUAUUGAUAUAUUUUCUGACUAUGCUAACUUCAAAUGAAGAUUCCUGCCUUAAACUAUUUUUUAAUUUAAUGGUCAGUAUAUUUUGUAAAAAGAAAAAGAUCAUGUUAAUUUAUUUCACAGUGGACAUUAAUAUCCUAAUUUCUUUGUAUAUAUUUUGUUAUGUUUUAAAGAUCAUCUGCUAUAAAGUUAUUAAAUCAUAAAACACUUUUUAAAAAUUGGAAUACUGUACUACGGCCCCACCCGGUAUCUAUUUCUGCUAAUAUCAGCCGCCGUCUUAAUCCCUCACGCGAGCCUGUUCUGUGACGUCCCCUUGUACACCUCUCGAUGUCACCAGCCCGGAGGUAACAGCUGUGCUCAUGUGAGAUACUCAGCCACGUCCCUUGCUAAAAAAAAAAAAAAAUGGCCAAGGACUCGGAAAUCAGGUCAAAACGUACU